GAGAGAGAGAGAGAGAGAGAGAGAGAGAGAGAUGGCAAGUUUGUUCGACAAGCAAGCGGACGUGUAUUUAGAUGCAAGGCCCAGGUAUCCAAGCGAAUGGUAUUCGAUGCUUGCAUCUCGCACUCUCCGCCAUUCAUUGGCUUGGGAUGUGGGCACUGGAAAUGGCCAAGCCGCUAUCGGGAUUGCAGAUCACUACGAGCAAGUAAUUGGAACUGACAUAAGUGAAGCUCAAUUGAAGCGGGCUGUCCCACACGCCAAAGUUCGGUAUAUCCACACACCAUCCUCGAUCAUGGAUCAAGAACUCGUAUCACUUUUAGGAGGUGAAAACUCAGUCGAUCUAGUGACAGUAGCUCAAGCAGUUCAUUGGUUCAACCUCCCGGACUUCUACUCGUUAGUCACCCGACUCUUAAGAAAACCUGGGGGUGUAAUUGCAGUCUGGGGCUACAAUGAUUACGUCAUCAGCCCCUCCAUCGACACAGCACUGAAGCGGUUCCAUAAUACAACACUUCCUUACUGGGAUGGUAACAUACGCUACAUUUUCGAUGGGUACCAGACACUUCCAUUUCCCUUUGAGAGCAUAGGCCUGGGGUCAGAAGGUGAGCCAUUGUCAUUAGACAUGCCCAAAGACUUGUCUUUUGAAGGACUUGUGGGCAUGUUGAGGUCAUGGUCUUCUGUGACUACUGCCAAGGACCGUGGCGUCGAUUUGUUGUCUGAAAGCGUUGUUAAAGAGCUGGAGACUGUAUGGGGUGGCUGUGACGUGAUCCGAACCGUUACAUACAAAGCAUUCAUGCUUGCUGGCACACCCAAAUUGGAAAAUUAGCUCCCUCUAAUCUUAUAACCAGUUGUACUUUAAUCCUCUAAUUAUGUUGUUGUGGCACUAAUGUCUGGUUCCGAACUCGUCCUAUAAUAAAGGAUCAAACAAAGAUCCGUCUCUCUUGUCUCCCUCUAGGGAGGGAAGGAAUGAAUAGAUUGUUUUGCUUAUACCUUCUU